AUGGACUUUAAGGUCGACGACGACGCCAAGGCGCCGAGCGCGCACCAGCUCGCCCCUUCUCGUAAAGCCGGGCGGCAGGACUGGGAGUUGCAGCCCACCGACGGCUUCUCGACGCCCGCCGAACUGUACCUGAAAGCCGUGCCGGACGACUCGUCGAGCGACGGCGGCGAUGGGGAAGAUACGUACGCUGCGUUGCAGAUCGGCGAUGAACUGCCUCAUUUCAAGGCCGCUUCGACGAACGAAAAAGCGCCCGUCGAUUCGCGGGAAUACGGCGAGAACCAGUGGCUCGUGAUUGUGACGUUCUGUCGGACUUAUGACCCUGUAGCUACUUCAGAACUAACGUCACUCGCGGAGCUGCAAAAGGACUUUGGUGAAAGAAGAAUAAAAAUACUGGGACUGGCCGUGAACACGAAGACCACGAUAGAAAAGUGGGUCUCGGCCACCGAGGAGUUGUCGGAUGUGCGAGUUGAAUUCCCGAUUGUGGCUGACUCCGAUGCCGUGAUUGCGUCGACGAUCGGCAUGGUGAGACAUGGGCAACCCCCCCACCCGACAGGCGUCCUGCACGCGUCGAUGGUAUUGAUAGUGAACCCGAACAAUAGGGUCGAGAUCAUUCAACAAUAUCCCGAGGCCGUGGGACGGAACUUUCAUGAAGUUUUACGAGCGGUCGAUGCCCUGAACAUGACCUUCCUCCAUACCCACGUGUCGUGUGGCGGGAACUGGGCGUCGGGCGAGGACGUGUUCAUCUGUGUGGAAAUCGACCAGUGAUCUCGGCUCAAACUUUGACACGACCUCCGGGAGGUACACUCGACCGCGUAGAGCGAGCAGCACCUCACACACACCCCGAGAGACCCCAAAUUGCAGGGCGCUUGAACUUUGAUUCACAGGUCUUUAUCAAUAAUGAUGUGGAGCCGAUCCGCGCGAAGUCCCUAUUUCCGCGCGGCUUCGUCGAGAUCAAGCCUUGGUUUAGAUUGGCUCCUUCUCCCCAAUUGGAGAUCCUGGACGCGGCCAUCGAUGCGUUCGACGAAGGGACGCGGUCGCAGAUGACCGAUACCCAAGCUUCUACUCUGGCUAGUCAGGCGUAA